CAUACUCUGGCGGUAGAGUGGCAAACGGUGCUCGGGUGGGAGGCUGUGGAAAGUGUGUGUGUGUGUGUGAGCCCGGGAUAAAAAAUUAUACAUAACUGGAAGGAUAUUUAGUGCUUCUUGGUCGUCGUCGUCGUCGGCGGUGGUGGUGGUGGUGGAAAUGUUAAUGCCCAAGUAGGUGGGGGGUUGUAUGGAGAAGAGUUUUCAACACAUUCAGUGUUGUGUGAACUACUGACUGCUCAACUCAUACCUUCAGCUAAUCGCAUUUGACUGCAAUUAGCGCGGCGCCGCGUGCUAUGAGCAGAUAGUGGUGCACCUCGCCAAACCAACCGACCGAUCGAGACCGACCGACCUUCCGCGCCUGUAAAUGAUGUUGCUUGGAUCGAUGAUGGAGUCGGCAAACAUGGACACCACCGCCUCCGGGACACCCCUGAUCGCCCUGCCCGGCGUCGCGGCCUCCAACGCGGCGGCCAUCAAGGCGCCCAGGGCCACCGACUUCUCCAUUGCGGCCAUCAUGGGCCGCAGCAGGGCCGCCGCCGCGGCAGCCAGGGGCGCGGCCCAGCACCACGCCAGGACCAGACCCACCGCGGGGCCCGGAAGCAGCGACGACGACGAUGACGAGGAGGAAGUGGACGUGGAAGAGUGCUCGGACGGCGAAGGCGGCGGCCGCUUGAUGAGCACCUCGUCCAGUCCGCCGCGGCCGCAGUCGAAACCGGCGUCCGUCGAGCCGGACAGCGGCAGCGAGGGUCCCGGUUCGCCCGCCUCGGCAGUCUCUCGCCGCCGAAAGAGUUCGUCCGGCUCUCCCGCGAGUACGCCCGUCAUCCCGGCGCGAUGCAACUGUCCAGAAUUGCUCGGCGUCGACUGCAGACUGGAGACCAAAGAUCUCUGGGACAAGUUCCACGACCUCGGCACCGAGAUGAUCAUCACAAAGACUGGCCGACGCAUGUUUCCGACGCUCAGGGUGUCACUCAGCGGGGCGACGCGACCUGAGCAAAGGUACGCGGUGCUGCUGGACGUCGUCCCUGUCGACGGCAAAAGGUACCGCUACGCGUACCACCGGUCGUCGUGGCUGGUGGCGGGCAAGGCCGACCCGCCGGCACCCCCGCGGCUCUACAUGCACCCCGACUCACCCUUCACCGGGGACCAACUCAGGAAGCAGGUCGUCUCCUUCGAGAAGGUCAAACUCACCAACAACGAAAUGGACAAGAAUGGACAGAUUGUCCUCAACUCGAUGCACCGAUACCAACCCAGGAUUCACAUAGUCAGGUGGCGGGAAACGGGUGGUCCGAUUACGGAUCUUGAAAGUGAAGAUUUCAGGACGUACAUUUUCCCUGAAACAGUUUUCACUGCUGUGACUGCCUAUCAAAAUCAAUUGAUCACAAAACUCAAAAUCGACUCCAACCCCUUCGCCAAAGGUUUCCGAGACUCCUCAAGACUAACCGACUUUGAUAGAGACCCAAUGGAGGGUUUGUUCCUGGAACAGCAUUUCCUCAGAUCUCCCCUGCGUCUGUACUCGGAGCUGGACGUGGACAACAACAACCAGUUGUACCACCCGGCACUUUCGCAAGCCACCAUGGACAAGCGGCUGCAGCUGCAACUGUGGGGUGCGGCGGCGACGGCCGCGGCCGUUGCGGCGGCCGCCUCGUCGCAACAACAGCCCCACCUAAACAGCUCCUCUCCUACCUCCCCUCUGACCUCCCCUCCGCGCACGACGUCAGCGCCAUCUGGGCCGCCGACCACGCCGGCCGAGCUGCACGCUUUCCUGGCCGCGGCGGCCGCCUCCUCAGGGCCCAACGGCCACCGGCCCGGCGGCCUCGCGCACUUGCCGCCACACCUGUGGUCACAGUGGCCCCCAAUGCCAGGUCACGGCCCCCCUCACCACCAUCUGCACGCCCUGGCGGCCAACGCGGCCGCCUCGGACCUUCGCCUCCCGCGGCCCGUUUUCCCGAUGCACCAACGCUACAGCCCCUACCUAAUUCCGCCGAAGCCCAAUUCGGCGCCGUCGGCAUCGUCGACGCCCCCCUCUGUGCAGAUUCCGUCAGCGGGGCCUUCCCCCACCCCUGACUCAACCCCCUCUCCUAGAGACUAGACACGGCGCGAUAGACUCGGAAGGUAGAAAAAUAUAUAAUUUAUACAUAUUUGUGAGAAGCAAAGAGAUGAUGGGCAAAUUUGAGUUUCAAACACACAAAGUUUAAACCCCUCUCUUUGUUUGUUAUUGUGAUCGAUGUCUUUGCGUUGUUAUUUAAUUUACGUACCAUGUACUUCAUAGACAAAGCCAAAGAUUGUUUUAUAAUUUUAUGAGUACCACUAUUUUUCUCUCUCUGUAUCAGUGAGGUGCGUGCGCGUGUUUUUCGUACGUAAUGACGUGUAAAUAAAAAUAAUUAUUCGCGCGCGAUUAAUUGCUUCCUCUGAUAUAAAUGCGUGUGAAUAAAUGAGAAUAUUAAAUAUCCCAGCGAUGUAUCUCUCUCAUGUGUAAUAAAAAUCUACUUUUCGUGUCACAAGCAACAGAGAUGAGAUGAAAUUCUCCGAGUAGAUGAAUUGAAUUAAUUUAUUAUCCACACACAAACUUCUUUCAUUUCUUGUUCGGUCAGGCUUCCUUGAUUAAAUUACAUUUGAUUGCGUCGUCUUGUUUGUUGGAUCAUCUGACGAAGGAAAUCUUAAUUUUUUUUUUUUAGUUUAGCGGCCAGAUUCAUUAAUCAAAAGUUAAUUACCAAUUGUGAAUUGAGAUUUUGUUCCCAACUCGUUGGGUCAUCUUCUUGAAAUUAAUUAACGGCCAUGCUGGUUUUCCUCGCUCAUCACUUGACGAAUGGGCCCUACUUUCGCUAAUUUAAUUAUCCCCACUUCCACUCUAUGCCUCAUUUUCACUGUUAGAAAUUUAGGUCGUAGCGAUAUAUCCUCAAAAUUAUAAAAACGAAACAAACUCAACAAAGUCGCGCAAAAUUUGUUGUAUGAUAAUCACCUUAUCAAAAAAAUUAAAACAUCUCUCUUGUUAUACAAUGUUUGUGAUAGAUGUGUAAUCGAGUGUAUUAAUCAACUAAAAAAUGUAAUCAAUUGCUGCGCCUGAAAUGUGAGGAAUUAUAAAAAUCAGCAAAAUUAAAUUUUAGACAUCAAAAUAGAGGGAUGCAUGGUGUUUGUGAAACUAACGAAAGUUGUCAUUUCAAUUAUAUCGUUGUCAUAACACACUGAUCGAUGUAAAAUUAUUUAAAAAAAUCUCCUUUGCUUGGCAUUAUUGCGGAAAACCCAAGUAAAACCUCUAUAUUAUCUCUCUCGUGGUGUAAUAAAAGAUAAUAACUCAAUUCGUUUUAUUCUCUCUCUCUCUCUCUGUCUAAAUUAUAUUUGCGGCGAUGCAAACACAGGUGUAUCAUAAUUAAUUAACAAAAAUUGUAAACUGCUGAGGCCUCAUUGUCAGAAGUUCGAGGUCAAAACAAAUGCAAUUAUAGAAAGAAAAAAAUGAGUGUAAAUAAAACAUGAGCAUUC